CCCUCACAAUUUAAUCGCCAAAAGACACGUAUUUGAACGCUUGUAAAUUGGAUUGGAAUGUGAACAUGUAAUCAACAUCUUGUUCAACAAAUCACCAUGAGAAAUACUAAAUUCAUAAUAUUGAAAAUCACCUCCACGUCUAGGGAAUUUCACAGAGAUUCCCCACAUGGAGAACAGUAUUUACACAAUCCUCACUAUUGGUCGCUGGGAGUCACUGAAUCACAUGAACUAUAAGUUCGCUUCACUAAGACCAAUUCAUGGAGUUUUAGCGCUGAAAUUCCUCAAGUGGGUCAUCAAACAGCCUGGUUUGGAACCCAACCACCUCACUCAUAUACUCGGUAUUACUACUCAUGUACUUGUUAAAGCUAGACUGUACGGUUAUGCCAAAUCAAUUCUGAAGCAUUUAGCUCAGAAAAAUUCUGGGUCCAACUUUCUUUUUGGUGUUCUUAUGGAUACAUACCCUCUUUGCAGCUCAAACCCUGCAGUUUUUGACCUUUUAAUUAGAGUUUAUUUGCGGCAAGGAAUGGUUGGACACGCUGUAAAUACUUUUUCUUCCAUGCUCAUUCGUGGGUUUAAGCCAUCUGUUUAUACUUGUAACAUGAUCAUGGCUUCCAUGGUUAAGAACUGUAGAGCUCACUUGGUUUGGUCUUUUUUUAAGCAAAUGCUUACCAGUAGAGUUUGUCCAAACGUUUCCAGUUUUAAUAUACUGAUAAGUGUUUUAUGUGUGCAAGGGAAGCUUAAGAAAGCUGUUAACAUCUUAACAAUGAUGGAGAGGAAUGGCUAUGUUCCUACUAUAGUUAGUUAUAAUACGUUGCUUAGUUGGUGCUGUAAGAAGGGAAGAUUUAAAUUUGCACUUGUGCUGAUUCAUCAUAUGGAGUGCAAGGGAAUUCAAGCAGACGUCUGUACAUACAAUAUGUUUAUUGAUAGUUUGUGCAGAAACAGUAGAAGCGCACAGGGGUAUUUAGUUUUGAAGAAAAUGAGGAAUAAGAUGAUAACUCCUAAUGAAGUUUCUUACAACACCUUGAUUAAUGGCUUUGUAAAGGAGGGAAAGAUAGGGGUUGCUACUCGGGUUUUCAAUGAGAUGAUAGAGCUUAAUCUUUCACCAAACCUCAUAACUUACAAUAUUCUAAUUAAUGGAUACUGCAUUAAUGGCAAUUUUGAAGAAGCAUUGAGAGUUUUGGAUGUGAUGGAAGCAAAUGACGUGAGGCCUAAUGAGGUUACUAUUGGAACUCUUUUAAAUGGUCUAUACAAGAGUGCCAAAUUUGACGUAGCUAGAAAUAUUCUGGAGAGAUAUUGUAUCAAUAGAACAUCUCUUAAUUGUAUCUCACAUACUGUGAUGAUUGAUGGGCUAUGCAGAAAUGGGUUGCUUGAUGAAGCCUUUCAAUUACUGAUUGAGAUGUGCAAGGAUGGUGUUCAUCCUGAUAUCAUAACUUUUUCAGUGCUUAUAAAUGGAUUCUGCAAGGUUGGGAAUAUUAACAAGGCAAAGGAGGUUAUGUCGAAAAUAUAUAGAGAAGGAUUUGUUCCAAACAAUGUUAUUUUCUCUACAUUAAUAUAUAACUCUUGUAAGGUUGGAAAUGUUUAUGAAGCGAUGAAGUUCUAUGCUGCUAUGAAUUUGAAUGGGCAAAAUGCAGACAAUUUCACAUGUAAUUCGUUAGUCGCUUCUCUUUGUGAAAAUGGAAAACUAGUAGAAGCAGAGGAAUUCUUGCAUCACAUUAGUAGGAUUGGUCUUGUUCCUAACUCUGUUACAUUUGAUUGUAUCAUAAACGGAUAUGCAAAUGUAGGAGAUGGGUCAGGGGCAUUUUCAGUGUUUGAUAGAAUGAUUAGUUGUGGUCAUCACCCUAGUCCUUUCACCUAUGGCAGUCUAUUGAAAGUGUUAUGCAAGGGACAGAAUUUUUGGGAAGCAAGAAAACUAUUGAAAAAGCUCCACUGCAUUCCGUUGGCUGUUGAUACUAUAUCGUACAACACAUUGAUUGUUGAGAUAAGUAAGUCAGGAAAUUUAUUGGAAGCAGUUCGCCUAUUUGAGGAGAUGAUUCAGAAUAAUAUUCUACCGGAUAGUUAUACAUACACUUGUAUUCUGUCUGGAUUAAUUAGAGAAGGGAGAUUGGUCUGUGCCUUCAUAUUCUUGGGAAGACUCAUGCAAAAAGAAAUUCUAACAUUGAAUUCAAUUGUGUACACUUGUUUCAUUGAUGGCCUUUUCAAGGCUGGCCAGUCAAAGGCUGCAUUAUAUCUUUUUAAGGAAAUGGAGGAAAAAGGCCUCUCCUUAGAUUUGAUUGCUCUUAAUUCAAUUACAGAUGGAUAUUCAAGGAUGGGAAAAGUGUUUAGUGCCAGUUCUCUCAUUUCAAAAACGAGAAACAAAAAUGUAAUACCUAACUUGACUACAUUUAAUAUAUUGCUACAUGGUUACUCCAGAGGACAGGAUAUAAUGAGUUGCUUUAAGUUGUAUAACCUUAUGAGGAGAUCGGGCUUUUUUCCUAACAGAUUAACAUACCAUUCUCUUAUUCUUGGACUUUGCAACCAUGGUAUGUUGGAACUUGGAAUUAAGAUGUUGAAAAUGUUUAUUGCUGAAAGUUCUACUAUUGAUGACUUGACAUUUAAUAUGCUCAUUAGGAAGUGUUGUGAAAUCAAUGACCUGGAUAAAGUCAUUGAUUUGACUCAUAACAUGGAAGUCUUUAGGGUUUCUCUCGAUAAAGACACACAAAAAGCCGUUACUGAUGUGCUUGUUAGAAGGAUGGUUUCCCAAAAUUAUUUCGUUUUUAUGCAUGAAAUGCUCAAAAAGGGUUUUAUCCCUACAUCUAAACAAUAUUGCACAAUGAUGAAACGAAUGUGUCGAGUGGGGGACAUACAGGGGGCAUUUAAAUUAAAAGAUCAGAUGGUGGCACUUGGCAUAAGUUUGGACGAUGCCGCAGAAUGUGCUAUGGUUCGAGGGCUUGCACUUUGUGGGAAAAUUGAAGAGGCAAUGUGGAUUCUUCAAAGGAUGCUUAGGAUGAAGAAAAUUCCUACUACCAGCACGUUUACAACUUUGAUGCACGUCUUCUGUAAAAAAGACAAUUUUAAAGAGGCACAUAAUUUGAAGAUCCUUAUGGAGCAUUAUCGUGUGAAGCUUGAUAUAGUCGCUUACAAUGUUCUCAUUUCUGCGUGUUGCGCUAAUGGUGAUGUUAUAACUGCACUUGACUUUUACGAAGAGAUAAAACAGAAAGGUCUCUUGCCAAACAUGACGACCUACAGAGUUCUAGUUUCUGCUAUUAGUACAAAGCAUUAUGUUUCUAGGGGUGAAAUAGUUCUCAAGGACUUGAAUGAUAGAGGAUUAGUGUCUGGGUAUUUAGAUGGGAAGUCGCAAAAAUCUUGCAGGGAUUUUGUAGUUGCCAUUAAAAAACUGAACUCCUUAAAGCCCAAUCAAGGAAAUUAAGUCAACAACAAACUGAAAUACCACUGAAUUUGAUUCUGAGCACAAGGAAAAAUCUAGUUCUUGGUGGGAAUGACUAGUAUAUCCUUCCAAGUUGAUACAACUAAGGUGUGUUACAAUCAUGUAUCACAUACUUGCUUGGCCAACAGACUUUGACAAUUCAACUUUUAGUGGGAAUAUGCAUAGGAAGGAGCAAAUGGAUUAAAGUGCCAAAUAAGGCAGCAUCAGGUGACAUUAGUUGCCAAAGCCCCUUUCAAUUUUACUCUUGCUAUCCUUCUCAACAAUGAAUGUUGAAUACGAAAAAGCAUGGUGGUAUAUAUCUACAUUAUAGGAUUACGUGGCAUGAGCAAACUACCACCUGAAGCUGAUGGUGUUUAGUUAUUUAUCUGCCUCCACCUACCUAGUGGAAAAGAACGAGGUCUCAUAGCAUUUGGGACCAUGGUUGACGUCUGCAGACCAAUUUCUUAGCUAAAGAUUAGGUAUGAAGCCCUCUUUGUGAAUCGUGGAAAAUAACAAGAUACUAUUUGACUAGCUACAAAGUAGAAUAUUUGCUCCCCGACCCUAAAGCUUGUACCUCAAAGCCACUCGACUAGGACCCUGCCAUGUUGGGGUUAAGUCCAUAAAGUUCGCAUUGGUGCCAUGUGUGGAGUAUCUAUGCUCAAACUCCUCACAAACCAAUACAUUGAGUAGCUCCAACACGUCAGACAUAAUACAAAAGAGGGAGCUUUAUUAUUUUAUGAGGUGCAAGCUACAAAUACGGAGAGUAAAACACAUGGGUAGAGUUAAAUGGAGUUUUGAGAAAAUUUAAUGAAUCCAAAUUGUUGUGGGAUUAAAACGCAAUCGACGGUAGCAGAAAUCAAAUUUCAGAUUCGAUUUUACGGAAAUAUUUCAAGAGCUUCAUCAAUAUUGAUUAUUGACAAGUUAAGAGUAUCGCAUGACCCCCAUCUUCAGCAACAAUUUCCACCUCAUAAGAUCCACAUGAAGGGUCUCAAAGCUCUCCAUUCCUUAUCCGUUCUAUCAUUAAUUCUUUUUAAAAGAACAAUGGAACUUCUAUUUUUCUUCUUUGUAUCUUGAAUUCAAAGAAGCAUGUUUCUCGAUCUAAUCCUCUUGAAAAACAGUGUUAUAGUUUGGUUUCUCUUGAAAAAUAAAAAAUUGAAUUCGAUCGAGAUAAGGAUUGGGUGUUGAGUCUUCUUAGAUUGAUUUUUGUUUUCGUUCUUAGCUUACUGUUUUUGCAAUUUUUUCUUUUUUACCUUAAUUCUACAAUUUCUUUGUCA